ACCACCGGCGAGAUUCGAACUACGGUCGUGCUUGACCGCGAAGCUCUCCGGAACGACCGCUACGACCUGGUCGUCCUCUCCAGUCAGCCGACAUACCCCAUCGAAGUGCGCAUUCAAGUAGUGGACGUGAACGACAACUCGCCGGAAUUCCCGGAACCGUCCAUCUCGGUUUCCUUUUCCGAGAGUGCGGCCGCCGGGACUCGCCUGCUGCUGGACGCGGCCACUGACGCCGACAUCGGGCCCAACGGCGUCUCCGACGACUACCGCAUCGUUGCUGGCAAUCGAGACGACAAGUUCCGACUGGUCGUCACCGAGAACCCUAGCGGCGAGAUCACCUACUUGCAUCUGGAAACGACUGGCAAACUCGACCGCGAAACGUGCGCCUUUUACCAGCUGAACGUGUCGGCCCGGGACGGAGGCAGCCCUCCGCGCUACGGCUAUCUCCAGGUCAACGUCACUAUCCUGGACGUGAACGACAACCCGCCCAUAUUCGAUCACAGCGACUACACGGUGUCAUUGAACGAGAGCGUACCGCCCGGCACGCCCGUACUGCAGGUUAUGGCGACGGACAGCGACGUCGGAGACAACGCCAAGAUUACCUAUUAUCUAGCCGACAACCAACGCCAGUUCGCUGUCGACCCUGAGACGGGUGACAUUUCUACCACCGAGCCGCUGGAUUGCCCGCAACAGAACUGCCCGCAGCCCCUGCAAGCUAGACCAGGUGGCGGCUGCCCUAAAAGUUGCGUCUUCACUGUCUUCGCUAGGGAUCACGGUUCUCCGCGGCAAGAUGGCCGCACUUACGUCACCGUCAAUCUCGUGGACGCCAACGACCACGACCCCGUCAUCAAGUUCCGGUAUUUCCCUUCGACAGCUGGGUUCGCAACCGUGGACGAGAACGCCGUCAACGGCUCCGUAGUGGCGGCCGUUUCCGUCGUCGACCUGGACGAGGGCCCAAACGGGGACACGACAGUCGAAAUCCGUGCGGGAAAUGAAUUGGGACACUUUCGACUCGACUACACGCCCAGCUUCGAUAUCGUCCGCGUCCACGGCGUGCUCGACCGGGAAGAGAUCAAUCGCUACAAUCUCACGAUCGUAGCGACGGACGAAGGCACGCCCCCGCGCACCGCCACCGCCUUUCUCAUCAUCCACGUGAACGACGUCAACGACCACGAGCCCGUCUUCGAGAAGAGCGAGUACUCCGCCGUUCUCUCCGAACUGGCGCCCCCGGGGACCUACGUGGCGGGCAUCAAAGCAACGGACGAAGACACGGGAGUCAACGCGCAGAUUUAUUACGCGUUCGUGUCGGGCAACGAACACCAGUGGUUCGAGAUCGAUGCCAACUCCGGUCUCAUCACCACACGAGCGGCCCUGGAUCGAGAAGUGCAAGACACGGUCGAGCUGAGGAUUUCCGCCCGCGACGGAGGCCCCAAUCCCAAGUGGGCGUACACGCAGCUGAAAGUGACGGUGCUAGACGAAAACGACGAGCGGCCCAGGUUUUCGCAAGAACGGAUAAACGUGAGCCUCCCCGAAAGCACGCCGCCCAACACGCUGGUGGCGAUGUUGACGGCCGCCGACCACGACCAAGGCACCAACGGCAGCGUCACCUACGCGUUGCAGUCGCACCCGGACGCCUUCGCGUUGGACGCGCUGACGGGGCAGCUGACGACGCGCGCCCGCCUCGACCGAGAAGCCGUCGCGGCCUACGAGAUCCGCGUGCUGGCUCGCGACCAAGGCGUUCCGCCCCAGUCGGCCACGGCCACCGUCUUCCUGACGGUCCAAGACGUAAACGACAACGCGCCCGAAUUCUACCCGCAGUUGUACGUGAGCACGGUUGCAGAUUCCUUACCGGCGGGCACGUCCUUGCUGCGCGUGACCGCCCGAGACGCCGACGAAGGGGACAACGCGGCCCUUCGCUACGCGCUGGAGAGCGGGGCAGACGACCUGUUCCACGUCGACCAGCGCACCGGCGUCGUCUCCCUGCGCGGCCGCCUUGCCGCCUCCACCAAGUCCCUGUACAAACUGCGCAUCUCCGCUCGCGACCGAGGAGAUCGGAAAGCCCCUCAGGACGCGGAAGUUGAAUUGAUCAAAGAAUCCCAGGCUCAGGAGCUGGAGUUCGAAUCGUUCGGCGGCUACGAGUUCCAAGUCACGGAAGAUCACGACUCGUCGGCCCCGUCGCUCGGGCGUGAAGUGGGUCGCGUGCGCGUGCGCACGGCCGCUUCGGCGCCGGCGGGAGCCGAGCCCGUGCGCUACUCGCUCGUGUACGGCGAUCCGCAGCACAGCUUCCGCCUGGACGAGCGGACGGGCGUGUUAUCUACAGCGGCGCGGGUCGACCGCGAACAAACGGCUCUGUACAGCCUGACCGUGGUGGCGCGGGUCGGCCUGGCCUACGGGCGCGCAGUGGCCAACAUCUCGGUGCUGGACGAGAACGACAACGCGCCCGCCUUCGCCAGGGACCGCGACGAAGUGGAGCUGCCUGAAAACGCCGCCGUCGGUCAAGAGGUGUACCUGGCGCGCGCGCGUGACCGGGACGCCGGCGUCAACAGCCGAGUCACCUACAGCCUCUCCUACAACCCCGACGAACAGUUCCGCAUAGCAGAAGCGACGGGAGUCAUCUACCUCAAUCGCCCCGUCCGCGCAGAGCCAGGCACCGCGCUCAGCGUCGAAGUGACGGCCACCGACUCCGGCACCCCGCCGCUGUCGGCUCGCCACGUCGUGCUGGUGACGGUGGCUGACGUCAACGAUCACACGCCUGUCUUCGACCACACCUCCUACGAAACGUCGCUUCUGGAGUCGACGUCUGUCAACUCGCGCUUUUUCGCCCUCGCCGCUUCGGACACCGACAUGGGAGCCAACGGCCUGGUACAGUACGCCAUCACUGAAGGAGACGCGGACGGGAAGUUCGGGGUGUUCCCCGACGGCUUUCUGUACGUCCGCAGCGCGCUGGACCGCGAGGACCGCGACUACUACUCUUUGGUGGUGACGGCAAGGGACCACGGGGACCCCGCGCGCUCGUCCGUCGUGCCGGUCGUCAUCCACGUCAUCGACGAGAACGACAACGCGCCGGAGUUCACCAACGCCACGUUCUCUUUCUACAUCAACGAGAACGAGCCGCCGGAUUCGUUCGUGGGCAAGCUGACGGCGACGGAUCGCGACAUCGGUCGAAACGCCGAGCUUUCUUUCUCCCUCGCCAGCUCCCAAAAGGAUUUCGCCAUCGAUCCCAAGAACGGCUUCAUCAAGACCCUGCACGUGUUCGACAGGGAAGCUUUGGUGCACAGUACGGGUCAAAGUUACGUCGUGCUGGAAGCCACCGUCACCGACAACGGGGCGACCAGGUUGCGAGAUAAAGUGAAGGUGUACGUGUACGUGACAGACGUGAACGAUAACCCGCCUAAAUUCCUGCGGACUCCGUAUCGGGUACAGAUUUCAGAAGGAGCAACAGUCGGGACUCAGAUCUUCCGAGUGUUCACCACAGACGCUGACGAAGGGUUGAACGGGGAUGUUUUCUAUUCUUUGGUUGGAGGCAACGAAGCAGGUCGCUUCGCCGUCGACGAGGCGACGGGCCAGCUGACGGUGGCGCGGCCGCUGGACCGCGAGACGGCAGCCCACUACGAGCUGACGGUGGCCGCCCAAGAUGCCGGGCAGUCCCGCCGUCUCAGUGCCACCGCCACCAUCUCCGUCGCCAUCUUGGACGAGAACGACAACGCGCCCGAAUUCACCCAGACGGAGUCCAGCAUCUCGGUAACGGAGACGACGCCGGUGAACACGCAGCUGGUGCAGUUCCGCGCACGCGACGCGGAUCUCGGCGUAAACAGCGAAGUGACGUUCUCCAUCGCCGCCGGCAACCGACGCGACACCUUCCACGUGGACCCGGUGUCCGGCGCCCUGUUCUUGCACAAGUCGCUGGAUUACGAGGAGCUCAAUUCGUACACCCUCAACAUCACGGCGUCGGACGGCGGCAAUCCUCGCCUCGCCACCACCGUGCUCUUCACGGUGCACGUGGAGGACAGCAACGACAACCCGCCCGCCUUCCCCAACACCGCCAUCGUGCGCCAGAUCCGCGAGGGCAUCCCGGUGAACACGCCCAUCGUGACGGUGACGGCGGAAGACCCGGACUCCGGCGCCAACGCGCGCGUCACCUACGCCAUCACGCGCCAGGAGCCCGAGGACGGCCACUUCGGCAUCAACCCGCACACCGGCGUCAUCCACACGCUGCUGCCCAUCGACCGCGAGGCCGUCGACACCUUCCGGCUGAUGUUAAUUGAACCGGGAGUGUAUCGACGCGCCACGGCGCCGCGCAUCGUG